AUGGAACGGGAGCUUCUUGGGAUGGUCCUGGCAGCGAAGCUUAGGCAUGUGAAGGUAGCAUUACGAUCUUGGUCUCGUGAGGCGUUUGGGGACAUCUUCAAAUCGGUGAAGGUGGCAGAACAGAGGGCUGCCAACGCCAAGUUGAGGUAUGAUGCUGAUCUGUCUGAGGCCAAUUUAGUGUUAUUUCAUGAGGCACAGGCCCAACUAAGGCGCUCUCAUGGACUGGAGCAUAUGUUUUGGCAACAAAAGACUAGGGUUAAAUGGUUAAAAGAUGGGGAUAGGAACUCGAAGUAUUUUCAUUCUGUGGUGGCGGAACGCCGUAGUAAAUUGAUAAUUCAUCGUAUCAAGGCUUCCAAUGGGGAGUGGCUGAGGACGGCUUGCGCUAUUGAAGGGGAGGCAGAAUCUUUCUUUAGACAAUUGUUCACAUCCGAGGCCUCUGUUGAAUCCUUCGACACUCUCGAUGUUAUACCGAAUUUGAUUACUACACAGGAUAAUGCGAUGUUGGAGGAGAUUCCGUCCCGGGAAGAGGUUAGGUUGGUGGUUUUUCCAUGGAUGGGGAGUGUGCGGCUGGUCCGGAUAGUUUCUCGAGCAAGUCAGAAAGGUUUCCUUCCGUUUAAGGUCCCCUCCAAAUGUCCUACAGUCACGCAUCUCGCCUAUGCGGAUGGCGUGAUUAUCUUUUGUAGUGGAGUCAAGUGUACUCUGCAGAGAGUUUUGCGGGUACUGGAGGCAUAUUGUAAUGUGUCUGGGCAGCAGCUUAACUUGCAGAAGAGCUGCUUUAUUGCUCACGAUGCUUUGACUCAAUCUUGGACACGGGUUAUUUCACAAGUCACUGGUUUUCAGGCAAGGUCACUCCUGCUUAAAUAUCUUGGUUGUUCUCUUUAUUCUGGGAGAAGGAGAAGAUGCUUCUUCUCGGGCAUCUGCACCUCGGUUGCGAAGCGAAUUUUUUCUUGGAAGGAGAAGCUCUUGUCGCCUAGAGGGAGAUUGGUGUUAAUCAAAAGUGUUCUGUCAUCUUUACCUAUACAUAUACUGGCGGCUUCGGCUCCUCCAAAGGGUGUCCUUAGCACCCUAGAGAAGCUAUUUGCAAAUUUUUUGUGGGGGAGUGCUGAGACGGGCUCCCGAUAUCAUUGGAUUGGGUGGGACUCACUGUACAAACCGUUCGUCGAGGGAGGCGCGGGAGUGAGGGCUCUAGCUGAUGUUCUUGAGUCGUUCUCAUUGAAGUUAUGGUGGUCAUUCCGACAACGUAAAUCCCUCUGGUAUGAGUUUAUGCAUGCCAAGUAUUUAUAUAAUGUGCACGUGUGUGAAGCGGAGUAUCUGCCACUCCAAUCGAUUAUUUGGAAGAGAAUGGUCAGGUGUCAAGGUCUGGUUGAAUCUCAUAUUCAGUGGGUUUCACAGAACGGUAGUGUGGACUUCUGGCAUGAGAAUUGGAUGGGUAUAGGCCCUUUGUGCCAGCGGGUAGAGAUUUUUGGGGAGCAUAGAGUGGCGGACUUUGUUUUAAAUGGACUCUGGUGUACUCCAAUGCCGCGUUAG